CUUACUCUAACUUACAACAAAACAAAUGUAUUAUAAAUAACAAAUAAUUACACAAAUCUGAAUACAGAAACAAUAUAACUUAUAUGAUUUUCUUCGUCCAAUUAGGCUACAAUGAAGAAUCGAUAAAAAUUAAUUACAAAGCAGUCACAAAAACAGAGAAUACCCAGACAGCAUGCUAAAUAAACAAACCCUGCAUAAAUGCGAUUAGAAAAAAAUUAAUUAGUGAGAGGUUAGGUUUAGGGAGGGAAUAGUUUACAUUUUUUAAUACAUUUGGAAAUUGUUAGUGUUUGGCAGUCAAAUCGAUUACUUUUGUGUUGCUUGAGCAUACUUUACUUUUGUAAUUUUGUGAGUAUUGUAUUGACAUUGUGCAAUAUUAUUUAUACAAGACAUAUUAUGGAGGAUGGACAGCCUAAAAAUAUAAUUGAAUUUCUUAAAUUGGUCGGUCGCCUGAAACACAUUAAAAGGACUGGCUGGGUGUUGUGUGGAGUCGAGCAGCCUGAAAGUGUAGCUGGCCAUAUGUAUCGAAUGGCAAUGAUGACAUUUUUAGUUCAAGAACACGAUAAUCUAAAUAAAUCUAGAUGUAUGGAAUUAGCCUUGGUUCAUGACUUGGCAGAAUGCAUAGUCGGAGAUAUAACGCCUCACUGUGGUGUACCUCCGGAGGAAAAACAUAAAAGGGAAAAAGCAGCAAUGUUGGAGUUGGCAAAGCUGGUUGGAUCUUCGGGCAGUUACUUGCUACAGCUGUAUCAGGAAUAUGAAGAGCAAGUGUCCAGCGAAGCACAAUUCGUCAAAGAUCUUGACAGGUUUGACAUGGUAAUGCAAGCUUUUGAGUACGAGAAGUCGUCAAAAAACUCUCUGAACCUACAAGAGUUCUUUGACAGUACAGAGGGAAAGUUUAAACAUCCAAAAAUUACAUCACUUGUUACAGAGCUGAAUAAAGAAAGGAGUGAAUUUCACUCUAAUAAGUAAAAA